AUGGCAGAAUAUGUAGGUCCACUCGAGGCUUCGUCGAUCGAUUCCAAUCUGCAGUCAGGCUACGACCUCAAACAGCCGCUCCUGUCAGUUGUACCAAUUCAGGCCCAGCCUCAGCCUCAGCUGUUGCCACUACCUCCAGGAUGGCUCGAGAUGGCAGACCCUUCUGGCAGAACAUUGUACUGUAACCCAACAACAGGGACAACUUCUUGGGAACGACCCAGUGUUCCUCAACUACCACUUGGCUGGAUGAAGUCACAAACCCCUGAUGGCAAGACAAUCUAUAUUCAUGCAGAGACGCAAAGAUGCUCAUAUGAAUUCCCGUCACAACCUCAGGCAUCAGUAUCCCAGCCACAAGCCAAGAUACAGCCACAGAUUCGGCCUUUGAAUACUCAGAUGCCUCAGAUCACAAGGUAUCCAACGGCGCCUGGCAAGAAUGCCACCAUUGGUGCUCCUGUACUGCACCGAAGACAGACUGCUCCUGUUCAAGCCCUUCAAGACCCGUUGUCCGUGACCGUAAGCGUCAAUACGACAAUGGCAAGGAAAGCUGUGCCAGGUUUUAAUGAAGCUUUAGCAGUGCACCAGCUUUCGGAACGCAAUAAUAGUACGGUUCUCACCAAGAAAUUCGCUGCAGACUUAGCGGUCACGACUCAUGCCAUGAAAGAUGCGACUAUCAGUGGAGCCAGUUUAGCAACUCGACAGGCCAAAGUUGCUGGACAAAUUAUGGUAGAUCCCAAGAAGAUGCAAAAAAUGUCCAAAAAGAUGGUCAUCAAGACGGGAGCAAUGGGUGUCAAAACUGGUCGAGCGUUGAAAUCUAUGAUGGGUGAGAUGGUUGAGGCAGCAGACAAAAAGGGGAAAUAUCAGCCAAAGGAUCGCCAUUUCAUCCCCUAUGAUGGUCAGGUUGAGUACCAGAUGAAAGUCCCUGUUCAACAUCCAGCACAAGUUCCAAUGAAGACCCAUGAGGACGAGUUUCAGCAACAGCAGCAGCAGCAGCAGCAAGAAGCCUCAAUUGUACCAAGGCCGCAUCCUGCAGCAUCUCAAACAACGAUAACUGGAGUUCCUGCACGCCGCCCAGUUCGCCCGCAAUCAGUUAUCAUCAAUGGCACAAUGUCUUUGGCGCAGUCGUACCAGGGAACGGUUGCUGCUACCGAUAAUCAAUUUCCAGCAACUGAGAUAGCGCAACCUUGCGCUCUCAAUGUGCAACAAGCCGAACAACCUGGUGGAGAGAACACGGUAUUUCAGGUUGGCAUUGAGGGUCAACUCAAUCAUAAUGCAUCCAACUCAGCAACCGUGAAACCACCAGGGUCAGUACAGCAAGCCACACAGACUUCUACAUCAGUAAACCUGUCUUCCCAAAUCAUUGCACCGAACCCAUUACCGGUUCAUUCUGCACCUAUCACUGAGCCGACUGCUGCUUUUCUUCCAGCAUCGAACAGUGAUCUGCGACCCCACCCACUCAGACUUUCCAACCCACAGACCGUCGUUGCGCAGCCGCACAUAGCAAAUUCAUACUCACUCCAAGCACAAGCAAGUGUCAUCAUCCAGGCCCCUGCUGACAACCCCGCUCCACCACCAUAUACUCAACAGGCACAAACCUCCGGUCUUCCAACGUCCAGCCAAGCCGUCCAACGCCCUCCUCCUCGACGACGACCAGCACCAUCCGCAAGCCACCAACCAUCCCAGCCGGGGUAUUCCCAACAGCAACCCAGUGUACAAUAUGUCGUGCCAUCACAAGAGCAAGGUGCUUUUCUAGCUUCUGCGUCUGGCGGUGGUACGGUCGGUUAUGAGACGUACAACUUCAUUCAGCCACAACAAUCAACGGUAGUAUACCAAGAUCAACAGCCAGCAGGAUAUUCGAUGCAACCUCAGAUGUUGGCAGCACAGCCACAAGAGCAGAACAUUAUUAUCGAGCAGAACCAGACUAUUAUCCAGCAGCAGCAGGUUGUCAAUAAUGACGUAUUAGUGAUCCAACAGCAAGGGAUGACCAGUAAUGAGUACGAGUUGUACGUGCAACAAGACAGCAUGGACGCUCAACAAAUGGGAAUGUAUACGGAGUACACGACGUACGAGGAAGGGGUUGCUGGUGAGGAGGUGAUGUAUGCCGAGGCGUAUACAGGGGAAGUCUAUGAGGAGGUUGAAUAUGAUACCCAAGAGGUUGGUGGUUGCGAGGGUGUGAGUGGCUGUGAAGGAUAG